AUGCCACACAGCAAAUUUCUGCAAAUUGUGGAUAUCUACUCUUCCGGUCUGAUCAUAUACGACAUACUAACCACGGGCAACUUUUUCGCCAAAGUCAGGUUACUUUCCGCGGAAGAAAUUAAGAACCUUAACAACAUUGCGGAAAGGCUAACCUUCUCGAUCGUACCGGAUUUUGAAAACAUUCUUCGAUCUUGUCUGGACGUGAACACAAAACAUCGACCUAAUAUACAGGAUCUCUGUCGUGCGCUGGCCGGCGUGAGUCCCCUCCUGGACCCUGGUAACAGAAAAGCCACUCUUAUUGACAAAAUUUGUAUCAGACUGGAAAAUUACUCGGCCGAUUUGGAGCGGCAAGUGGCGAUUAGAACAACCGAGCUGAUAAAAGAGAUGGGUAAAUGCGAUGCCAUCAUCAAUCAGAUUUUGCCACGAUUGGAACUUUACUCGGCCGAUUUGGAGCGGCAAGUGGCGAUUAGAACAAACGAGCUGAAAGAAGAGAUGGAUAAAUGCGAUGCUAUCAUCAAUCAGAUUUUGCCACGAUCUGUGGCCAAGCAGCUCCGAGCUGGAGAAAAGGUUUCACCCGACUGUUUUGAUUGCGUAACAAUCAUGUUUACCGAUCUGUACGGGUUCGCUGACUUCAUUAAGGCAGAACCACCGGAAGUUACGAUUGAUCUGAUAUCAGCAACUGAAACCCAUAUCGAUAAGCUGUCAUCGGAAGGUGGCGUCUUCAAAGUGGAAGCAAUUUCCGAUUCUUUUAUGGUGGCUAGCGGGUUACCAGAAAUAAUCGGUCGAAGGCAUAUCGAACGGAUUGCAGCUUUCGCAAUUAGGCUGCUAACUAGUCAACCACAGUUGAGUUUUUUGCGGGAUCUCCGAUUCAAGAUUGGUAUUCAUUCUGGGCCUUGUGCAGCUGGACUUAUGGGAUUAAAACGACCACGUUACUGCGUGUACGGUUUAAACAUCGAUACUCACAUCACGAAGAACAGCUCUUCCAGAGCGCAGCUUGACAGCGAAUUUCGCCGACGCACCAAGACAUAUUUCAAUUACACAUACCCGCUGUUUGAGAAACCAUACGUCCUUAUCGCUAGCGGAUACACCAGUGUCUUUGCACUUGCCCAGGUCAUUAACGACACUUUAUCCACAAAGGCGGAAUGGAGUGGCGCGGCACUGGCCCAACGCUUCCUUAACCAAACGUUUAGCGACGAUUUUGGCAACAGUAUGUACAUUGACAGUGAAGGGCAACGUCGCACUGAUUAUACGGUAUCGUAUAUCAACGCGAACGGAAGUCGUGAGCCCAUGCUUCAAAAGUUUGGAGGCACGAAAGAUCUGGUAGAAAUCGCACAUUUAACGACAUGGGUCGGUGCUCCUUUUCCUCCUCCCAACGAACCGAGCUGUGGAUAUUUAAACCAACGCCUGUCUUGUAUAACACCAAGCAAGUGGCACAUCUUGAUUCUUCAAAAUAUUUCAUAA